AUGGAGGAGGACAAUACUCAGAAAGAGGAGCCCCAGGAGGAUGGAGCUAGUGAUGAGCAACACUUAGAUUCCAGCAACAUUAUGGCAGAGCCUAGCCACGGGCAACAACAGCCGGACUUCCAGAAUGGUAGCGUAGAGGCACGCCUGGUGGCACACUCCCUUGAGCACGAUCCCCAGACCAUGAUGGAGAGCUUGAGCCCGAAGAAGUAUUCCUCCAGCCUGAGAUUUAAGGCCAACGGAGACUAUUCCGGCUCCUACCUGACCCUCUCUCAGCCUGUGCCUGUGAAGAGAAGCCCUUCCCCUCUGGGAACCAGUGUCAGAAGCAGCCCCUCCUUGGCCAAAAUCCAGGGGAGCAAGUCAUUCUCUUGCGAUGGAGCUGACAAAAGCAUCUCCACCAAACCCCCCACGCCUUCCCGCAGCGCUUCGCCCUCCGUCAGUGGCUAUCCCCGUGGGAGAGCGGACUUUGAUCACUACACAGGCCGGGACAGCGAGAGGUCCUUGAGGCUCUCGGAGAAGCCUCCCUAUUCCAAGCACAGCUCCCGAAACAAAUCCCACGACAACGUCUACUUUCUGGGAGGGCUGGAGAGCCGCAAGGCGUCCGGCUCCCUCCUGGCCAUGUGGAAUGGGAACGACACGGGCCCCUCGCCCAUCAGCAGAUCGGGGGCGGCCAGCAUGCCCUCGAGCCCAAAACAAGCCAGAAAGAUGAGCAUCCAGGACAGCCUGACCCUGCAGCCCAAGCUGGCCAGACACAGGGAGCCGGCAGCUGCGUCGGAAAACACCGGUGUGAGAACUAGGAAGUAUUCGGGCAGCAGCAGCCUGAGCCACAUGGGUGCCUACAGCCGGUCGCUUCCCAGGCUGCACAGGGCCACGGAGAACCAGCUGAAGCCGCUGUCGUUGCCUCCGAGGAACUCUCUGGGCAACUCCAAACGGGCCAGGCAGCCGGGGGAUAAGGAUCUACCUCACAGCAUCACAGACCACGACAAUUACCUGAAUUUUUCUUCCUUGAGCUCAGGUGCUUUGCCCUAUAAGUCCUCUGUGUCCGAGGGCAGUCCUUACGUAAGUUCCACCCUCAGUGUCCCCGGCAGCCCUCGCCUGGCCCGGAAGAUGCUCCUGGCCUCCACCUCCUCCUGUGCCUCUGAUGACCUCGAGAGGGCUUCCUACUCGGGGGCCAGUUCCAGCCAUUCGUUUGCUCCCGGAGAGCCAGACAGAGCGUUCCUGGCCAGGAGGAACUUCUCCUGCGGGUCGGUGGAGCUGGACGAUGCGGAUUUGGAGAGCCUCAGGCAGGCCUCGGGAACGCCCCAGCCCGUCCUUCGGGAACGGAAAAGCAGCAUCAGUUCCAUCUCUGGGCGAGAGGACCUGAUGGAUUACCACCGGCGGCAGAGGGAGGAGAGGCUCCGGGAGCAGGAGAUGGAGCGAUUGGAGAGACAGCGCCUGGAGACCAUUCUCAGCCUCUGCGCUGAGUACACAAAGCCUGACAGUCGCUUGUCCCUGGGCACCACGGUGGCAGAUGUGCAGAAAAUCAAUAAGGAGCUGGAGAAACUGCAGAUCUCUGACGAGGAUUCCGUGUUUGAAGAAGCCCUGGGGAACCCCGAUGUCAGAUACAGGUGCCACCAGAAAAGCGCCGGCCAGGACGCGGACGUGGCCGCCUUCGGGAGCCUGAGUCAGAGCAGUGCUGGCUUCCUUUCGCCCAGGAGCGCCAUGAACGAGGAGCUGCUCAGGGACCUCUCCAGGACUCCCCCACCGCCCGCCUCUGCCUUUCUGAAAGCUUCCAACGAGUCCUCUUACCUAAGCAUCCUGCCAAAGACCCCAGAGGGUAUAAAUGAGGAACAAAGGAUUCAGGAGCUGGCUGCAAUGGAAGAGACCCGGAUAACAAUUCUGAACAACCUCGAGGAACUUGAACAAAAAAUCAAAGAUAUAAAUGACCAGAUGGAUGAAUCUUCCAGAGAGCUGGAUAUGGAAUGUGCUCUUUUGGAAGGGGAGCAGAAAUCCGAAACAACUGAGCUGAUGAAAGAGAAGGAGAUUUUGGAUCGCAUAAACCGGAAGAUAGCAGAACUGGAAAAGAACAUUGUCGGUGAAAAGACCAAGGAGAAGGUAAAGCUUGAUGCUGAAAGGGAAAAACUAGAGAGGCUUCAGGAGCUUUACUCCGAGCAGAAGACCCAGCUGGACACUUGUCCUGAGUCCAUGCGGGAACAGUUACAGCAGCAGCUGAAGAGGGAUGCCGACCUGUUGGAUGUUGAGAGCAAACACUUUGAGGACCUGGAAUUCCAGCAGCUAGAGCAUGAGAGCCGCCUGGAUGAGGAGAAGGAGAACCUGACCCAACAGCUCUUGCGUGAGGUGGCUGAAUAUCAACGGAACAUUGUUUCUAGAAAGGAAAAAAUUUCUGCAUUGAAAAAGCAAGCCAAUCACAUUGUCCAGCAGGCUCAGAGAGAACAAGACCACUUUGUGAAAGAAAAGAAUAACUUAAUAAUGAUGCUGCAAAGAGAAAAGGAAAACCUUUGUAAUCUGGAAAAGAAAUACUCCAGCCUCUCGGGGGGGAAAGGGUUUCCUGUCAACCCGAAUACUCUAAAAGAGGGCUAUAUCAGUGUAAAUGAAAUUAAUGAGCCAUGUGGCAAUUCCACGAAUCUAUCCCCUUCCACUCAGUUCCCUGCUGACGCUGAUGCUGUUGCCACUGGGCCUACCACAGCUGUACUGGUGAGCCAGCCACAAAAUAAAGAGCACUUUAGAAGUCUGGAAGAGAGGAAAAAGCAGCAUAAAGAAGGCCUCUAUCUGAGUGACACUUUGCCUCGAAAGAAAAGCACUCCUUCUAUGUCCCCACACUUCAGCAGUGCUACCAUGGGGAGAAGCACCGCCCCGAAGGCUCACUUGCCCCUGGGACAAAGCAACAGCUGUGGCAGCGUGCUCCCUCACUCGCUGGCAACCAUGACCAAAGACUCAGAAUCUCGGAGGAUGCUCAGAGGGUAUAAUCACCAACAGAUGAGUGAAGGACAAAGGCAGAAAUCUUCUGAGUUCUACAACCGCACAGCAUCUGAAUCAAAUGUCUACUUGAACAGUUUCCACUACCCAGAUCAUGGCUACAAGGACCAGGCCUUUGAUACGUUGAGCCUAGACAGCUCUGAUAGCAUGGAGACCAGCAUCUCUGCUUGCUCACCUGACAAUAUCUCUAGCGCCAGCACUUCAAAUAUUGCCAGAAUAGAAGAGAUGGAGAGACUUUUGAAGCAGGCUCAUGCAGAGAAGACACGGCUGCUGGAAUCCAGGGAACGGGAAAUGGAAGCCAAAAAACGAGCUUUGGAAGAAGAGAAACGACGCCGAGAACUCCUGGAAAAGCGAUUGCAGGAAGAAACUAGCCAGAGGCAGAAGCUGAUUGAAAAGGAAGUGAAAAUAAGGGAGAAACAAAGGGCACAGGCUCGGCCUCUGACACGCUACCUGCCCGUCCGGAAGGAGGACUUUGACCUGCGGAGCCACGUGGAGACCGCGGGCCACAACAUCGACACCUGUUACCACGUCUCCAUCACCGAGAAGACCUGCCGCGGAUUCCUCAUCAAGAUGGGCGGGAAAAUUAAAACGUGGAAAAAACGUUGGUUUGUUUUUGACCGGAACAAGCGCACCUUCUCUUAUUAUGCAGACAAGCAUGAAACGAAAUUAAAAGGAGUAAUAUACUUUCAAGCCAUUGAAGAAGUAUACUAUGAUCACCUCAAGAAUGCUAAUAAGAGUCCUAACCCAUUACUCACCUUCAGUGUCAAGACACAUGACAGAAUCUACUACAUGGUGGCCCCAUCACCGGAAGCCAUGCGGAUCUGGAUGGAUGUCAUAGUUACUGGAGCAGAAGGCUACACUCACUUCAUGUUGUAG